AAUUACUUUUAAAAUUGCUAGCAAUAACUCCCAUCUCAUCUACGUAUUUCUGGUAGGAAAGGUUUUUACGACUUCAACAUAUCCGUUACCUCAAAAAAUUUCCAUCUUAUUCCGGUAACCGACGAUUUCUUGUUUAUACGCGAAGAAUUCCAAUGCCGUAACUCGUUUCUCACUUUCAUCAUUGACCUCUGCAGUGUUUAUCACCAAAUGAAUCAUAAUUUCUUGUCUACAUGGAAUCUCCGUAAUAUUUCAAGUCUCCAAACAUGGAAAUAUUACAAGACCCAACUAAACAGGGGCUCUCGGUAUUUCCUCUUAAAAUCAAUAGACAUUUCAGAAAUCGAUAAAACACUUGUCUUACUUUAUCACUUCUCAAUGGUUCCCAGCGUAUUGAUUGUUUCUCCACAAUCGUCAAGAGAAUUCCAAGGAAAAAUCGUUCCCACGAAACGAUUGCAGAUAUUACUGCGUGAUUUCAGCGGAAUUAUCACAGGUGCGACAAUUAUAUCCGCGCACGCAACUAAAAAAUCGUAGCACAACGAGUUUUUUAUAAAUAUUCUCCAUCCCUCCGGCAGAAUGACACGCGAUUACUGUAUAUAAUUUUUUGGAUGUUUACAAAUUCCACAAUUUUAUCGUGACUUGUAUUUUAAUCUCGACGAACUCGUCGAUUGUCCCUGAAAUAUCAAUUUUUCCUCUCCCAGAGCUGUGAAGAAUUCCUGAUAGUCCAGCUCUCCGUUAUCUCUGAACAAUGACAAGUUUAUAUUUACCAGGGAAGUACAAAUGGACAAUUGUUAUCAAGAGUUAGGUCUGAGUAAAUUUGACCGAUGUGCAUGUCGACCGCUGGUGCAUCUACGUCGAAAGUCGAGUUGUAUCUAGCUCGCGUGGGUGGAAGAGAGGAACCAAAAGGGGAUAUUGAGGAAGGGGGAGAAGGGGGCAAACUCGCGAUUAGCCGCAUAGAUGUUAAAGUCACGUGGAAGUUGCUUUUAGUGUGUGGUACAGUGUGGAAUCGUCAAGUUGAUAGGAGGAGGUAAGACGGUGGGCGAGGGGAUAGAACAACUACCCGAAGGCCCCCGUUCCGAGGAGUAUCCCGUUCGUUGUGCCGCGAGGAGGUCAAUUAUUUUUUUUUUUUGACUCUACAUUAUUUUUCAUUCAUCUUCGAAUCUUCCGGAAACGCUGGAAAAACAGACAGAGCACUGGGGAUAAGGGACUUAUCGCACCCAAUAGAAUUGCAUAGAAUUGCGAGAACCUCUUCACCUGCGAGAACUGAAAAGAGUACUGUUGAAAAAAGAAUAAAAAAUCGAGGAAGGUGAGAUUGUCCGGGGAGUCACUGGUAAUCGAUGUGCAGUUGAUGUCGUUGAGUUUGAGGAAGAGGAUUCGCUCGAGUGUCACGAGAUUACAGGAGAAGACUUUACUCGUAAUGGAGUAAUGAGUCAAGGAAUUUUAGUGGAAGAGGUGUUUAGUGGAUAAUUGAUGGUGUGAGAUAGUGGGGAAAGAGGAGAUUGACUGAUUGACUGAUUGACACUUGGAAUUUGGAGUUGGAUCAUGUGAAAGUCUAGAAAUGAUAAGGAUUUUUCCACCGGCAGUUGACACUCGAUUUUUCUUUCUUUGAUUACCGGAACAAUUAAUACUCGAGCGAUUUACGAGUGGAAGCCGUUCGGCUCUAUUGGACACUGAUAUCACUAUCAUUUUCAACGAGCAUCGAGCAAUGAUCGCAACGGAAGGGUGAUAUAAAGAAUAAAUCGAGGUUUCAGUAGCGUGAAGUUUAUGGAGAUAUGGAGAACUCUGAGGGAUUGGGACAGGCCACUCAGACUGACCAGUCAUUGAUACUGGUGAAAAUUGGGGCCAUGCUCGCUCUGGGAAUGGGUUCAUUGGGACUGGGCAUGUUGCCACUUGCUGUUGGACAUUGUCGAUUCAAGAGGAGACAGAAGUGCGCCUUGUCGAGCACCUCGAGCACGUCGACUAACACCUCAUCAACACCUGAUUCCUCCGCUCAAGGUCUGCUGACUUCCUUGCUCCUCUGCUUCGGUGGAGGUGUCCUCCUGUUCACGACAUUCCUACACCUGGCGCCAGAAGUUCGCCAGAGUGUGGAUCGUCACCAGUUGAACGGUCAACUGGUGCCCCUGGGGAGUCUCAGCAUGGCAGAGCUGCUCUUCUGCGUGGGUUUUUUCCUGGUGUACCUCGUCGAGGAAACAGUUCACGCGACAUUACCGAGUAAAUCAUCAAGACCGGAGAAUCUCCUGUACAGGACAGUGUCGAUCCGCAGGUGUUGUAACAAGCAGCUGCCAACACCUGUCUCAAUAACGAGUAUGUCAACGGUAACAGAUGGUACGGUUGACAGAUCGUGUUCAUCAACUUGGGAGGCUGGUCCCUGUGUCCACGAGGAGGUGGAGAGAAAAAUUGGGAGCCUCCCGGAGUUGGCGGGGCACAAGGGCAAAACGACGAGCUGCAGGGAGCAAAAUUUGCCAGUGGUCUUCGUCCAAUCGUCAUCGAUGGAGCCAAGUGGUGAUGGACGAGAGGACGAUCGAUUUGUUCGCCCCCGGGGCUCAUCCUCUCAUCAGACAACUCAGAGGACUCAUCAGCACACGGACACUUCCGCCCGGGGACUUCUUACUGUCGUCGCACUGUCCUUUCACGCGAUAUUCGAGGGACUCGCCGUUGGCCUUGAACCCGCUGUCACCUCAGUCAUCUAUCUCACAGCUGCCAUUGCCACUCACAAGCUCGUCAUCGCUUUCUGCGUUGGCAUGGAACUCUACGUCACCGGGACAUCCAGAAAAACUAUCCUUGGGUAUCUGUCGGUUCUGUCUGUAGUUACACCACUGGGGAUUAUCAUUGGAGUUGUCCUCGGUCAAUUCAAAAACGAUAGCGAUAAUCUUGGACCUAUUCCCACGAUACUCCAGGGAAUGGCUGCUGGGACACUCCUCUAUGUCGUAUUUUUUGAAGUUCUCGCGAGGGAACGCGCUAAUGAUAAGAGCGGACUUCUCCAGCUGAUGGCUAUCAUCACAGGGUUCAUGCUUAUGCUCGGACUGCAAUUGCUUACAUCGCAUGCCCAUUCGCACAGUCAUGGGCACUCGCACGGGGAUGCUGAGGGUGAUGAACACGAGUCAGAACAUCAUCACGAUCAUGGGGAUGGGGAUCAUGUGCACGCUAUCACCGGCACGAUCGAGAGAUUGUCCUCGACAGUGGCAGAGGCUGUGACCAAAGCAAUUAUGACUUCAAAUACUGAGUCAUGAGUUCGGAACACUUCACUGGUGAAACGAUAAAACGAGAUGAGUUCCAAUCAAAUGACGAACAGGUGCCGAAUUAUUCGUUAUCUGGAUUCAGGGAUAUUUAUGGAGAAAGACUCGACUCAUUUCGUUUCAACAAUUUGUCAUUGACUUGAUAAUAAUUCUCUCCGAGUUUCAAUUGGUUCAGAGACCUCGAGAAAUUUUUACUCAUAGUUAUGAACUCCUUUUUACUCCUAGUUAUGAAAAAGGGAUUUUUUAAGUAAAUAAUGUAUGAGGUGUUUGGGGAUGAAUAUUCAGGGGAAAUUGAGAAUUGUUGGAAUUUUGUACAGAUUGUUAUUAUCCUUCUACGCAGCUAAAGAAAAGUCUGCACGUGUGAAAAAAUUUAAUAGACAAAUGUUUUUUCUAUUAAUUUCUUUUAUACGUGGAACGACAAAGUUCACCGCAUUUAUGUAGGUCUUAGUUAACACAUUUCACGAUCAUUGUGAUAAGGAUCCUCCAGAGGAUAACAUAUAACGAUAUAAAUAUUUUUUUAAUAGAACGAUGAUUGAGGCGUACGAAUUAGACUGACGAUAAACAUGAGUCUGGGAUAAUUUUCUGGACUGUGUUCUAUUGUACAUAAUGAAUCAGUUGAAGUAUUUUUCUUCCAUCGUUGUUAAAUAGUUCCAGAAUUUGUCUGCUGAUCGUUCAUCGAUCGGUCAUUAAUACGUCGGGGUAUUAUUUAUACUUAUAUUAUUCGUUAGAGUAGUUUUAUUCUGUUUUAUUCAUGCCAUCGUUCAAAGUAAUGGGGAUAAACAAAGCGCGGAACGAUUCAUUAGACUUAUGACAAUUUGAUCGAUCGAUCGAACUAAUCGGACAAGAGUACAAAUUCAAGGUAAUGCUGUACGAAAAACAUGAAAAAAUAACUCGGUUAUACACAACAAUAAAGAAUUUUAUUAUUAUAGUUCAUAA